UUCGCCAUUUUGGACAUCCCUGUACACCAACAACAAAGGAACCAAAAAGUUGCAGUGGGUUGAGUAGGGUGUGUACAAACAAAAGGAAUAUUGACUUGUGACUUCUUUGUUCUGUUUUGGCGAAGCACGCUUUCCGAUUCUCAUGCACCUGUCGUCCACUUUUCUGGUGGUAGACGUAAAGCAACCUGAGUUUUGAUGAUAUUUUAAGACAGGGAAACUACAACAGUACCUUCAUGGGGAAUAUGGGAUGCAGAGCUUGAUGUCGUAGCAUUGAUAAAAUACAAAACUUCCCGGUAAAAGUAUUAAAAGAGCAUUGUCAAAACAACCAUGUGCCUAAGAUACGGACACAAUGAAUACUGGGGAAAUAUCUGACCAAUCAAGUGUAAGCAGUUUUUGCAGUCCGACAAUUAGCCCAUCUCCAACUGGCCAAAAUGACAGUCUUCCAACCCUGUCAAACGAACUGCCAGCUAAACCCGAAUACAACAGUACGUUACACGAUCAAUACAAGGUACACAUUCGUAGGGCACGGAAAAAGAUCACCGAGAAGGAGCGACGUGUUGAGGUGCAGCAGAGGUUUGAGGACUUAAAGAAGCUUAUUCCAGGAUUGAAUGUGGAGAAUCGUAAAGCUGUUCAUAGGCAAACUAUACUCAAGUGUGCUGUUGAGUAUAUUGAGCAGCUAAAGAUGGAGUGUCACAUGACUUCACAGUACACAGAUGCAGAGUUACGCGCUGAGGAAGAAAAGAAUUCAAGGUUAGAGGCAGAACAUAUGAUGUGGCUGGAAAAACUAAAUAAACUCAGGGAACAGAAGUGUCAACAGUUACAACAGAAACAUAUGCAACAGAUGGUGACUGGUUUUGGUGACAACUUAUCAAGCAACUCAACAGCAAUGCACAUUCCACAUCAUGUUUACCCCAACCAGGUAGCCAGUGGUAUACAGGUACUUUGACCGAAUGCAAGACCUCACUCGGACAUUGCUACGCAUCAAGCCAGUGGUAAUGAAGAACUCUUCCCAACAGCAAGACUACUACCCAAUUUCUACACAUCACUUUGACCUUAAACUUGACCUAAUAAUAGUGAUGUCCAAUUGGUGACAAACAGCACUAUCACAGUUUCAGGUAAUGCAGUGCGAGUAAAAACGUGACACAGUGGUAAGAUGCCAGGCUUCCAAUCAAAAGAUCAGAGGUUCGAUUCUGAGGCUGAGCAUUUGUCUGGGCGAAGUACUGUACUCUGUCUCUGUUGACUGUCUCCACCCAGAAGUUAGUGUUUCUGAUAGCUUCAAAAGCCAAUGUGUUUAAUUACCAGUUGAAGAGAUCUCAGUUGUGUGUUUCAUGUGUUUGAAUCCAUUGGCUGGCAUAGGGCUCUAUAAGGUAUAAGAGUGACAUAUCAUUAUUAUUGUUAUUACUUGAGCGCAGAUUUUCUUAAGAUAAUACAUUUCUCUGGCGAGAUAGAGGUAUUAGUUGGAUCAUGGUUGGAUUGGGUUGUUAUAUUGUUUAUCCUGUGGGUCAUUAAUUUGAUUCAGAGACCAAAGCCUUUAUUAACAUUUGUUAAUUAUUGCAUGGUGGUAUAAAUUGUAACCUUGAAGGAUCACUUCCUGCUAAAAAGUGUCUUAUAAAGAAUAUGUACUGCUUCUUAUUCAAAGUGGCUUUCUGCUGCUCCUGUAAUCUUUCAACCUUGAACCACACACCCUAUAUAUAGGGUAUGUAUAAUAUGUGCCUGAUUGAUACUGAAUAACUAUUUCUGCCAAGAUUUUUAUGAGAACUGUUGCCAAAGUUUUAAGGAUCUAACAUAGCUUGUAUCAUUCCUGUGACAUACAAAGUUUCACAUGAAAACCUAUGUGCGAGUGAUUGCAAUUGAGGGUGUGUGUAGGAAGAAAAAUGCUGUAUGUACCAUUACUGUGUGUGGAUACAUGGCUUUGUGUGCGGACACAAGUGUGUGGUCACAAGAGUGUGUAGACAUCAGAGUGUGGACACAUCAGAGUAUACACAUAUGAGAGUGUAGACUCAUGGGAGUAUGCACACGUAAGUGUGUGGAUGCAUAAUGUGUUCAUGCAGGCAUGCUAACAUUACUGUGUGUGGAUGCAUGGCAUUGUGUGCGGACACAAGUGUGUAGACAUCAUAGUUUGGACACAUGAGAGUGUAGACUCAUGAGAGUAUAUGUUCAUCCAGGCAUGCACGGACAAGCCUGUGUGAAUGCAUAAGUGUAACCAAACAAUUUAAAUAUGUAUGCUUGCCAUUGAUGAAUAUUGUAAAUGUUAUACAAUAUGCUUUAGCCAUUACAUAUUGCAACAGUUAUUUGGCAUCUUCGAUCUAAAUUACACAAAAAUGAAGUUUAACAUAUGGCAACAUUCCACGCAAAUAUUAUGCUGUAUUAGGUUUGCUUUGGUUUACUCUCCAAUUUCUACAUUAAAGGUUAAAAAAAAAAAGUUGUCCUGUUCCUUAAAAUGUAUCAUUUCCAGCAGUAUAUAAUGUGCUUUCUUUGUAUUAUAUAGAACUUGUUUAUAUUAUUAAUUAAUAAUGACAUUACUUUUGCAAAUUGUUUGAUUUUGUACAGUAAUGUUUGACUGAUGGUUACAAAAAUGUAAUUUAUUGACAAUUUUUAAAAAUUUAUGCCAUAUAUUAAAAAGUACAAGACAAUUCAAAUCAUAAAUGUGUGAAAUGAUUUGAAGCCAUAUUCAAAGUGUGUGCAACUACAAGCAAGGUUAGUACUGUAAAUUAAGGUGAUAUAUUCCACCAUAGAGGGUGCUCUAUAUUAUUGUUAGGUGAAGUUAUAAAAUUGUCUAAAAUCUAGUGUGGUUGCAAGCUUAAAUGGUAAUUACUGGUUGCCUUGAUAAAUUAUUCUUGAAGUUUGAUAAUAACAAUUAUAUCCUUGAAACUUGACAAUAUUGAAGAUAGUAUAAUUUAUCAGGAAGAGACCUCUAUGAUAAUAUACCAGUAGAGAGGAAUUAAAUUUUAGUUGCAUUGUAUUACAUUCUCAUAAAAAACUGCAUAUUAGUUACAAUUUGUAAUUACAGGCCUCCCUCCAUGGUCUUUUUUUAGUAGUUUUUUGGUCUCUAAUUAGAAUAAAGAAUAUAAAAGACAUCUGUUAAUUUGAGACCACGAAGUGGUUUGUUUUUAGUUGAAGGGGAUCAUUAAUUAGAGGGAGACUUGAUUAGUAAUUACCUUCACUAAUUAAGGUAUGUAUUAAAAGUCAUUAAUCUUUUAUUGUGAUUGACUUAUAGCCACAAACAAACUGUAAAGUAUGAGCACAUAUAACAAGAUGAAUGCUUUUAUAUACUGUUUACAAUAGAGGCUCUAGAAAUUUUUCAACAAGGGGUCCCACAAGCCUUGAAAUUUGCUCUAAAGAAAGCAUGUAGGGCAUCCACUUAUUGACCCAGAGUAAAAAUGCCUUGUUAGGGUGAAGGGACAUAGUUUAACUGUUUAGGAUGCUAGAAAUUUUUCUCUUUUAGACCACAAUACCAGGAACUGUAAUCAGAACAACUUAUUUUUGAUUUGCAAAUGAAUAUUAGUCUGACAAUCUCAAGUGGCAUCUAAUGGUAAUGGUGUCUUUGCUUAAGCCCUGUCCAAAAUAUCUGUUUGACAAAAACAUGUGACAUAAAUAUGGUCAUGAUGACAUCACAUCAUGACCAUAUAUAGGCACAUCAUGACUAUAUAUGGGCAUAUCAUAUACUAUAUAUGGGCAUACAAUAGUUAUUUGAUAUUGUGGACAGAGCUGUAUGCUGCCACUGGUGCUACUGUAAAUCUAAAUAAGAAAGAUGUACUGUUGAGAAAGAAAAAAACUUCAAAAAAUAUAAUGCAAUAUUUGAACUACUUUACUUAGUAUUUAAGUAAGUUAUCAGCUUGAUGAUUUCCCCAUUAAUUAAAAAAUGCAUAGGUGCCCUAUAUUUCAUGCAAACCCUUUAAUUUAUUUUUUUUUAUAUAUAUAUAGAACUGGGGUAUUUUUUUCAAAUUUAUCAAAGGUUAUAUAUCUUUAUUAAAUACAAUAAUAAUAAUAAUUAUUAUUAUUAUUGUAUAUUUAUUCAUUAUCACAUUCUGACUCAAACUUAGUGUACUGUUCAGUACUUUUGUUACAGUAUAUUUUAGGAGAUUGGUGUGUACCAUAGUAAUUGACUUCAAAGUUAGGUGUUGAUAAUCUAAUGACGUUUUAUUUUUUAGCAAAUGCUCUUUGUUGUGAAAAUAAAUAGUUUUUUUCGUGAAUGAACAAUUUUUAAAAAUGUAAAAAAUGAUUUAAUUUUAUUUUAGUUCAAAGGUUCAUUAAUUGUGGCAAAGGCAAGCCAAACCAGUCACUCGUCGCAAAUCGUGUUAUAGAGAAAAUGGCCAAAACAUGCUGGAAUGUCAAAUUUUUAAAAAUCUAUUUUGUUGCACUGAACUAACCUUUAUAUAUCUAUACAUCAUU